GUUGACUUUUAAGGCUUGUGUUUCGAGAUCAAUUCCUGGUGCAUACAAAUUGUGUCGACACAGUUCGUGUCGCUGUGUGUCAAUAAGCAGAAAGUUACGGGCAUUGUAGAGAGCUAAUAUAGGACAAUAAUAAACAGAUCGGUAGCUAAGUGGGGAAAGAUCACCGCCAAUUACCGGUGUAUGUGGAAGUAUUAGUCCCAGAAACCUGCUAACUGUGGAUAGGAUAUAUAGUUUUAUUCAAGGAGUGGAUCUAGGGUUUAAUUUUAUUUUUAAAUAGAGACUAAAAAUUAAAUUGCACGAGAAGGAUUGACUAUUUCGACAUGAGUGGACAAUUCGGAGGUUUCAUGUUCUCAUACUACAGUAGAACAAAGCCAAGUUUGUAGAUGAAAAGAGGUUCCAACAUCAUAAUUUUUUUUUAAAGGAUCUAAAACUCAGAGACAAAAAUUGUUAAAAAUGUCUAAGAACGGGUCUCCGAUAGGCACUGAAAAUUACCAUCUAAAAAGCCAGUACCAUGACAACUGCAUACCUCCAGAAAGGCGCCAACAGACCACGCAGACGACGGAGAAGCAACACAAGGAGGGCGACUAUUCUAACUGUGACGCCGUCACGCAGGACAGGAUCUGGAAGCAAAGCGUCGGCAAGGAAGGAAUGUGUCUUAAAAAUUGGGAUGAAAAUUGGGGUUUCCUGACAGAAUUCGAUUCCAAGGGAAACAAAGCUGGAUUUUAUUUGGGGAACCCUAAACCUCGAGAAGAACUUCCAGAAAACGUCACGGUCUUCUCUAAUGCAGUUCCUAAUACUAACUCCGGUAACUAUGGAAACAAGGUCACCUCCGAAAUUGGGGUCAAAAUGCAGAAAUUAGAGCAUCAGUUCUUUGGCGGACAGCGGAAGCGGAAGUUGGGAAGUGAAAUGAUCUGUUAUUGAUGUUGGUUUAUUGUUAGACUAAUAUAUACUGCUGAAUAUUUGGCUAAAUAUUGUGAAUCUGUGAUAAUUUAAGAUAUUUUUUUUUUUAUCAUAAAUAUUAACUUUUCAUAGCUUGUUAUGCACAGGCUGCAAUAUACGAGUUUAUUAUAUAUAUAGAAACUAAGUACCUCUUAUUUGGUAGUUUUACUUUAUAUCUCAGUGUCUGCUGUCUCCCAGUUGUCAUGGAAAUUACAUUUUGAUAGCAUGCAAGUUUUGUAGAUUUACACUAGAUAUCAUAUAUAUACUUCUGAAUCUACUUAAAUGAUUGUGUGAAUGAUUGAUCAAAGUUUUUGUAAGAAUAGUGAAUUUGUUGGGUGUCUUAUUUUAAAAAUUGAAUUCAGAAUUAGUUUCACAUAUUUAGCACUUCAUUGUUAGGUGUGUAGCUCAUGGAAACCAUUAUUUACUCAUAAAUAUCCGAGUGUCUUGAAAAUUAUAUAUCACCAUAUCUGCUAUUAAUUUGUUUCAAGCUUACAUAUGCAAGGAGGAAUACUACAUCAGAGAAAUUUUAUAUGGAUAAAAAAAAAAAUGGAGGAUAUGUACAAUAGUUUGAAAUUUAAGACUUAUAAAUUUACUUUAUUUAGUCAAGAUAUGCAGUUUUAGUAGAAAGUAAUCUUUUUUGUUUAAACCAAUGCACUUACAGACUGAGCUACUCAGCUAGGCAAUUUAAAUCAAAAGGAAAAGAUAAAUAUUGCUGUCAUUUAUAUUUUCAUUCAUGUUUUAAAAAGGAAGUCAGCCAUUAUGACAAUGUAGUAUACCUCCUUAACCCUGUAAUUUGUACAGAGUUGGGCUGCUUUGCAGUUCCCGACAUAUAACUCUAGAUCACUGCCUUUUCUCACUAAAUCUGCCAUUAUCCUGCAGACAGUUGUGCCAAUAUUACACCCCUUCUCAUUAUGACGAUGCAUCAAUUGACUAUCAGAACCUCUAAAAGUUCUGCCAUGUCUGAUUUGAUUGUAUGGUGACAAGAAUGUUUUUUUUUAUUGAACAUAUUUUUUUAAUUGUAUAUGAUAUAUACAAAAGGAUCAGAAGCAAGUUUGUACAUGUUUUUUUUUUUUAUCUCUGGUACAGGAAUUUAUGUAUGAUUGAUGUGUAAAAAUUUAUAUAAAUAUCAAUAAUAAAUCAAUUGUAUACAUA